AUGCGGCCGCUGCUUUUGAAAGGGCAUGAGCGCCCGCUGACCCAGCUCAAGUUCAAUCCUGAAGGGGACCUGCUCUUUACAACCGCGAAAGAUACGCGCCCAACGGUAUGGUGGGCCUCCACCGGCGAGCGUCUCGGCACGUACGACGGCCACACGGGUGCUGUUUGGUCGUGCGACGUUUUCUGGGACUCGACGCGUCUUCUAACCGGCUCUGCCGAUAACACUGCGCGCCUCUGGGACGUCCAGACGGGACGAGAGCUUUUUCGUUGGUCGCUACGAUCUUCGGUGAGAUCGGUGGGUGUGGCGCCCGGCUGCCGUUUGAUGCACCUCGCGAACUCCAAGCUCCUGGGCCAGGAGUCCUGCAUCCACCUCUUUCGUCUAAAGUCAGACGGUAACUGGCAGGAACAAGAGACGGAACCGUUCCUGGUGCUUCGUGGGCAUACGGCGACCAUAACUGGAGUCGUUUGGUACAACACGGCCGAGUAUAUGCUCUCGGUCUCGGAGGACGGCACAGUCCGCAAAUGGGAUGUCGAAACCGGCAAGGAAGUCGAUCGUGCCAAGCGUCACAAGAAAGCAAUCACCGAUAUCAAGUUCAGCAAGGAUCAUCAGAUGUUUUUGACGGGAUCUGCAGACGGGACAGCGGUUCUCUGGGAUACCCACGCCAUGCAGGAGAUCAGGUCAUUCGUUCUGGACCGGCCGCUCAAUGCGGUGGACUUGUCGCCGCUCAUGCCCCACGCAGUCGUCGGCGGUGGCCAGGAAGCGAGCCAAGUAACGACUACUGCUGGCAAAGCUGGCAAAUUUGCAGCAACGUUCCUUCAUUUGAUUUAUGGGGAAGAGAUUUUCUCGGUGAAGGGCCACUUUGGCCCCAUCAAUUGUCUCUCUUUUACACCGGAUGGACGUGGCUUUGCCUCCGGUGGUGAAGAUGGAUACGUCCGUUUGCAUCACUUUGAUGAAGAAUAUUACCGGCGAAGUAGUGAAAUAUAA